UCCGACUGCUACCGAUAGACGGACUUGAUAAUACCGACGACUGAUAGUCUUUCGACCUGGUUUUUACGUAAUUUAGACUAUACUCUUGAUCCUUGUUUGUCGCUAUUCAUUUUUACUACCGGCAUCUGCUGAGCGCUGGUGCCUCCGACUAAUGAAAAAUGAAGUCGCUUUUCUUGGUCGUUCUUCUUGCCAUCUCUUCGUUUAACGGAUUAUCCGGACUGUCGUUGCAUCACGCCGACAAAAGACAGGUCGACGAAUGUGCAUCUUUAAAUCCGACACCGGAAGAAUGUUCGGCCUACUGGGGAGGAGACAAGCCUCCUCUAUUGGUCGUUUCCCUAGACGGUUUCCGGUUCGAUUAUUUACAGAGGACUGUCAACAUUGCUGGUGUUGAGGAACCGGCGUCGCCCUUGAUCAAUCGUUUAUCCCGCUGUGGAGUUUUCUCCCCGACCGGAAUGAUCCCCGUUUUCCCGUCUCUUACCUUUCCCAAUCAUUACUCGAUCGUCACUGGUCUUUAUCCUGAAUCACAUGGCAUUGUCGGCAACUCGUUUUACGAUCCUGACCUGAAUGCUUCGUUUAGUUUGUCAUCGUCGCAGCAGACCAAUCCAGUUUGGUGGAUUGGCGAUCCGCUGUGGUAUAACGUGAAAAAACAGGGAAAAAUCAGCGCAACUUGCUUUUGGCCAGGGUCUGAUCAAACUGAUCCGGUUAGAGAGCCGAACUACUGGCUUAAAUAUGACGGUUCCGUACCAUAUUCGGAGAGGAUGCAGCAAGUGUUUGAUUGGCUUACAUUACCCCUCGCUCAGCGACCCAAUUUCAUCACCGUCUAUCUUGACGAACCAGACCAUACUGGACAUGGCGAAAGCCCGGAUUCACCAUUGGUCGCUGAUCAAGUGAAAAGCGUUGAUCAUGAGCUUCAGCUUUUAUUUGACAUGUUGGAAGGAGCCGGAAUUCUCGGCUGUGUCGACUUGAUCGUUCUCGCUGAUCACGGCAUGGCGCCUUCACCUCCUGGAGAGAAGUUUUUGAUUAUGGAUGAUUAUGUGCCAAAUAUUUUGAAUGACGCUAGGAUUUACGACGGUGUCUUCCCCACCAUUAGACCUAAAUUGGACACAGAAGAGGAGCAUGACCGGAUAGCCGAAGGAUUGCAAUGCAAAGACGACAACAUGCGCGUCUAUAACAAAUGGGAUUUGCCUCGGCGACAUCACUAUGCCAACACCAACCGUAUUCCCAAUAUUCUUGUUGACAUGACAGUCAGCUGGCGUGCUUACGGCAAGUCGGAGUGGAUCUUGCCUGGAAAUCAUGGCUGGGAUAACCUCAAUUCCGAGAUGAGCGCCAUGUUUGUCGCUCAAGGACCUUCUUUCAAGAAGAAGACGGAAGUGCACCCAUUUCACAACAUCGAUUUAUACAAUCUAAUGUGCGCAAUGAUGGGCGUCGAUCCAUCACCCAAUAAUGGCACCUGGGGCGCUCUGCAUCACAUGUUGACAUCACCGCCGACAGAUCCUACGCCGGAGCCUAUGACUCCAGUUUCUAAUCUACCAUUCCCCAAGGAUGAGGCUACCUACAACACACACUUACAGCGACCAAAAUGCAAUUUGCUUACCGGAUCCAAUACUUUAUCUACCGAUUCUUCGUUGAAUAUCACUGAAACCAGCUCCAGUGAAGCACUUAAACUACACACUCCUUGGGGAGCUCCUCAAACCGGAUCAAAUCAAAAUAUUAAGACAGUGAUCAACAGUAAUUACGUCACCGCCUUUGAUGUGGUUUCGGGUCUACCAUCCUGGACUUCUUACACCCUGAGCCAGCCUCGAUUUACCAAUUUCCAUCCCAAGUGGCGUUUGGAUGUCCGCCUGGAGCCAAAUUAUGCUUCCAUUUGUGACAGAUUUCCCAACGGAGUCGAUAGCACUUGGUCCGUAGUGCCACUUUACCCUUUCGACGCCACCUUGAACUCGGCUGAUUUAGCUUUGGACACGAAUGCGAUAGAAAUUUCGAAGUCGUUUGAAACCUACUGGAUCGAUUUUCACACCUUGCUGAACUACUUUGUGAAUAGCAAUGGAGAGAUAAACGUGAUAACGGGGCCAGUUCGGGAUUCCCCCAGUUCCGGCUUGUUUGUCAUUGUUUCAGCUUGUCGCUCCCUUGGUGUAUCUUUGGCUGAUUGCUCGAUUGAUCAGUUGGAUAUCCAGUCAUUCAUCUUGCCGACCAAUUUAAGGUACAGCCGUAGUUGCAUCCAAUCCAACAAAUUUCUCAGCACCAACCUGGCCACGCUACCCGAUGUAGAACACCUAACUGGCCUCCGUCUCUUUCCAUCUCUUUCCUUUGCUGACAAAGCAGAAAUCCUGUCUCGCACUCCACUGGCUUCAACUCUACUUGUCAAUCCUGAUCCCAGUCCCUGAAAUUAUAAAAUUUAAUUUGUGUAGUUUUGUCCCCAAUUUCCCAUAACAUUUUAAUGAUAAGUGCACCUGUUUUUUUUAGUACUUAAUAAAAUUGUAUGCACUUCAA